CUUGUGGUCACGUGGCGGAUAAAAUGGCGGCGCUGUUACGUCACCACCAAACGUCAAAAAUACGUAAACAAAAUACAAAAUAGUAACAAAAUCGAAAAAUGCUGCGGCAAAGACUGAGCCAAAAGUACGAAAGUACCCCACUUUCGUCACGUAGAUCUAACCUCAAAACGGAAAAGCCCGUUUUGAGCGAGUGGAGAUUGGCUCUAGUGGGGCUAGUGUUGUCUUUGACAGUGAUUGUGACGAAAAUCUACUCCGCCCAUCAUUAUGACAUUAAACAGUUUUUUGUCGAACGUCGUUUGUUUACGUUUGAAACUGUCAAUGACGAUGGUAACGUGAUGUAUUAUCACGUUUGGAAAAAUGUUGUGAAAUUUAGUAAAGUUUGGUUACCCGUCGUUUGUGGCAUUUUUACGACUUAUUUCACCUGGUUGAUGGUUUAUUUGGACUCGGAUGUGCCAGGGGUGCAACCACCAAGCCCCCUUUCGCCCAAUAAAUACAAGUCACGAUCAGGACAUUCGUUUCAUCUAAACUACGUUUUUGCACUCAUUAUGGGAAUCUCAGUCGCUUUUUACAUGUACUGGCGGAAUAUUAACAUCGAAUUUUCUUAAUUGCGUAAGUAAUUAUAUUCACAAAAGUAUUAGUUAUGAAACUAAUUGUUUUAAAUUAUACAACCUCAUUAUAUUUAUAUUAAAUUAUUUACAAUGUGAAGUGGCAAUAAACCAAUAAAUUUCUUGAAUUAA